UUUAUUUAUAGUCCUCUCGUUAUACUAUGUCUCGCUGUCUCCGAUUCUCUCGUCGCCGUCGCUAUUGUUUUUGCUGUCGGUUUGGUUUAAAGGAAGAUGGCAAGUGGUAGCUUGAAACGCCUUGUAACGUCAGCAGUCACUAUAGGCAUGACUGAAGCAAGGGCGAGGAUCUUUGGACAUAUGCUUAACCCAACAGGACAGAGAUCUCCUCAUAAAAUUUUAAGGAAGAAGCUUUUUGGUGAUAAGGUUGCAGAGUGGUAUCCAUACGACAUCAAGAAUGAGGAUCCUAAUGUCUUGGCUAGAGAAGAAAAAGAGCGCUUAUCGAAGCUUGAGAUGCUGAAGCGUCGUGACAAAGGACCACCAACGAAGGGUAACGGAAGACGCGCUGCCAAGCGUAAUAAGUAGUAACGGUCCGUAGCUUCCAAAAUUAAAAAAAAAAAUCUGCAUUUUUAGAAUCAGAUUCUUCUGGUUAAUUUCAGAUUGAGCUUACUAGUAAAGUCCUCUCUACAUAAAUAUAUCAUCUUUAAACUUCAUUGUUUUACAAUAUGCUGAGAUCACAAAGUUGAAAGCUAUUUGCUUCCCUUUUAACUUCA